CACUUCCUAAACAUGAUGGAUGCUCCGGUUAUCCAAUGGCCGUGCCUAGCAUUGGCAGCACCGAGGGGAGGGAGGAUUAACCCUGUUUGUACCUAUCCUGGUGACAAUAUGGAGGAUGUUUUUUUCAGGGAGGAGAUGGUUACAGCAGGGAGAGGGCUUGUGGGUUUUGGUUAGCAAGAUGCUCCACAUACUUUAGACUUUGGGGCUUUAUUCCUGCACUUCGGGCUAGCUGUGUUAAAUGAUCUUGGGGUAAUUCAUAUGCAACCUCAAGAAGUAUUUUUAAGUAAGGCUACAAGAGGUCCUUCAUAUUGGGGAAGUUUCACCUAUGUUCUUUCCCCAACCUGUUGCAGCGGUAGUGGUUUAAACCUGUGUCUGGCUUGAAAUAACUAACAGAGUUUAAUGGUGAAUGAAAUAAAGCCUAAGCAGCCGAGUGUUUAUAAUGGCUUUCUGAAGCCCCCUGGUUUUGCACUGAAACUUUGUAACAGUCGGAUGUUUGGGAGGGGAAGCAGGGACAGCUGGAGCUCUUGGCCCCCCAGGCGGUAUGGCAGGCAGUCAGGGCGGGUGGGAUAAGUGCGCUUGCAGCUCGUUUGAGUAAAUAUGCAGCUGCGAAACUCUCCAGCAGUGCUGACGCUUGCAAUUAUCAGGGAAUUUCAGGCUCAGCCCCCCAUCAAGAGGCGCAGGCGGUUUAUGCUCCUUUCUGGGCUGUUGUUUCAGGCUAUCUGCAAACUCGGGCAGAUAUUGCUGCAUCGCUUUUUGCUGCUUCUCUCUUGUUUGGAAGGCUGUCUCACUGUGGGCCUGGGAUGCCAAAAAAACUUUUUUUUAAGUAAAUGAAAGCAAUUAUCCUGCUGCUCAGCUCUAAAACUGGGCGCAUCCUGCAGCACGCUUCGCUGUCUCGCAGUCUGGGUGCCUGAAUAACCAUCCUCAUGUCUGUCAUCAUUCACAUUCACAUGGAGGUGGAGGUUGGACUUAGUCCACGGGGCUCAGGAGAAUUCACAAGCCCUCAUCUCAGUUCUGCCUCUUGGCCCCAUAGAAAUCGCUGACCACGUACUACCUUGAUUUCCCCAGGUCACAAAAGUACUUUUUCUGUGCUAUGGUGAUGUGGGACUUAACUCAUUUUUGCAGUGUAUUUUCGUUUGAUCACUUCCAUAAAACGCACUGUGGGGAGGAGCGCUGCCCUGUGUCUGCUGUGUCUGAAGCUGUGAGCAGUGUAUCCGACCUCUUCAGUAGCUGCCGUUCCCCCUCCCUCUUCCCCCCCUGUAAGUCCAAGGUCUCUGUAAUGUGACACACAGGCACACUCUCAUGAUAGCCUGAAUCGGCCGCUCUGUAACCAUAGGCUCUCUGCAGCAUCUGACUAGGUUGUUUACCAAAGCAUUGAAGACUGUCUGAUCCCUGUCCAGGCUUCCCCCGAGAGAGCCUCCGAGUCGUGUCCCGGCAGCUCUCAAAUUCUGUCUGAAGGUUCCUGAAUCUGUUCUUUGCUGGUGGAUGCUGGUUCUGAUCCAUAAGGGAAAUGGAAAGCUGGCCAGCUGGGCGAGUUUAGUGUGUAGAAAGUAAACAGUGACUCACCCCUCCCUGGUCUCUUCUCUGGGCUCAUGGAGAAUUGACUGCUUUGCAUGUGUUUGCUGUCUCCUUGAUUCACAUCAUCAGCAUCCCCCCGCACCCUCCCUUCAUCCAGAUGAACGACAAGUGUCAGUUUGUCUUGCAGAAUGCAUGAGGACUGCUGAAGCAGGGGGAGGACCCGGGGAUGAUGGGAGGGAUGGUGCUGUCUGCAUUUCACACUGCAGCGUGUUGGAAAUCCAUGUCAGGUCUCCAAGGGGCAGAGGCACAGAGCUUGGGGCUUAAGCAUCUGCAGUUCCCUUCACCUAUAAGACCUGAUGUCCUCCUUGGUGGCCACAUUCACGCGGCCAGCUUUGGAGAAAUGGUCGGCUGAUGUGACCAUCUCGCGGGUGUCUCCUCUGGUGUGUGGCGGUGCGAUUGUAAGAUCUGGGUAAGUGUGUGCUGCUUUCGGGGUUGAAAUGCUCUGUGUGGACCAGGAGGAGGGUGGGAGGUUCAGGCUUCUGGCAGCAGCGGGAACCAGGACUUGCUGCCUAACCUCCAAUAAUCUGACCGCUCAUUGAUGGCUGCUUGGAGCUUGAAUGUGGAGGGUCACCAGUCUUUUGAAACUUUUUGCCUUUAUGUCCCUUAAGAAAGGGAAAGAGGGCCAAGUAGCUUGUGGGUAAACUGGAAGUGUGGAUAGGUUGCUGACCAGCUGCCUUACAAAUCGUCUCACUGUGUUUUGGACUGGCUGGAGGCAGUACUGCUGAUUUAAGCCUCUGGGCAGAAUGGAGAUUCUUGAUGUGAUGAGUUGUACAAGACGGAGAGACCUCUACCAUGCAACCAUCCUGGCAUGGCAGUGCUCCUAGGGAGGAGAAAAGCGGUCAUUGGCCCUUUUGGGCUGAGGAUUGUGCAUCUUCACAUUGCUGUCCUUGCCGUCUCGCGUGUGUCUGAAUGGAAGCUAAACGCUGAUGGGGCUUUCUGCUGGAUAAUUUUGUCCUGGCCACUGUUCCAUUUUGGGAUAAAUGGGUUUUAAUGUUCAAGGCUGUGUACAAAUUACUCACAAGUGCAUCCAUGCCUGCUGUGAGGUAGCAGCUAUGACUGUCACUAAUGCAUUGCUUUGUAAAGUGCUUUGGGAGCCCCAGCAUGUGAGGAGUGCUAUUUAAAAACUGAUGUAGUCUACUGUGCUCUUCUUCCUUGCAAGUCAUCUCACAUCGCAGUGCACUCCUGCCUCUAUCCACUAGUUAGGGCUGUCUAUCUCCCCUGUCUUGAGCUGCCUCUAAGAAAAUUAGUAGGGGUUAUCAGUGGUGCCAAACCAAAACCACGCAGCUUGGAAUUCUGUCCCGGAUUCUCCUGACAAUGUUGACAGUGAUAAGGGGAGGUGAACAAAGGUAUUGGGAAGAGUGCCAGGGGAUCAUUUUCGUCUAAAAACAUGACAUCACUACAACAAAAGCACUUCUUAAUACUAAAGAUGCCAAUCUGUAAGCCCUUAUCCCCUCAUCGGGGGCACAGAACUGUCUGCUGUUCUUGUAUGAUACUCAGAAGUGUGCCAGGCUGCUUGCAAAAUAAAGAUGUAAUGUGGCCCGUGCUCUAAAAAGCUUCCAUGCUAACUUUAGAUAUGAUGAAGCAAUUGCAAUUAAGAAAAGAAGGGCAGGAAUAGGGCAGAGAAAGAAAAGGGAGCUUCAAAACACCUCUGCAAGCUGUGCAGUGGACAUCCCUCAGUGUGGAAUAGUUGCAUCUGUUUACCUUUUUACUAGAAGGGUUCGUCUUUGGAUUCUAAAGAUAGGAAAUGCCACACACUGUAAUAUAUUUAACUGCUUGUGGGCGAUAAAUGGACAGUUUUAAUCAGUACAGAUUGUAAGUAUUUUUAUCCUCGCUUUACAGAUGGGGAGAUUGCGUCAUAUUUUAAGAAACCAACCCAAGGCCACAGCGGACGUAAUUAUUGGUCAGGAUUAUAACUCUGAGUGCUUGUUCCAGGUCCUGUGUUUGGACCCUGCCUGCAGGCUGAUUUACUUUAUAAGAUGAUGAGUCUUGGAUGAAUGGUCACCGAGUUUGUGAUUUUGAUAGAUCUUAUUUGGAUGCUCUCCAUAGCGCCGUGUUAAACUCUGGCGGGUUAGGGGUAGGGUUAGUGAUGUGUUUUGCAAGUGUCAAAGGGGCAUGACCCAGCCUCUGGGACAUACUGUUCCUGAAUAGCCGCUCUUCACAGGAGAGGCGGCUUGUCUGGAUUGGCGUUUCUCAACCCGAGGGUUGGAAAGUGGGUCUCAAGAAUAUAUGAAAGGGUCAGGAACAAACUUAAAAAAAAUGGAUUCUCCUUUAAAAGAGAAAAACAUGGGAAACUGCGACUUUUCCCUUGCAGGCUGGCAGAGCUGCAGCCUGCGAGGGGCUGCUUGGGACCCCCCCAUGUCCCAUCCACUGGGGAGUCAGGGCCUGGGGCCAGUAGGUCGGGAGUGAGGGGCAGCGCAUUAAGACUGGCCAUUGAUGUUUCCAAAUGGGCCCUGGUACAAAAAAGGUCGAGACCCACUGGUCUAGAUGCCAAUCUUGCGCACAGUCUGCUGCUGACCCAAUGGUCCCAUUUUGCACAGGUGCCAAUUGGGAACGCGGGGGUACCUGAGUCCCUCCUUCAUCUCUGUCCCAGCAGCGACUCUGCUGUAUUGCUGGGCCUCUCUAAUGCGAGCUGGUUCUAAGCCAUUUCAGACAGUGCAAUACCUCAAGUACAGCAGCGUGUCAGCAAAAUGGCCCUUGAAUAAAGAACAAAGGAGGUAAGGGAGGUGUUCAGUACCAGUGACCCCCAGAGACGCAGGGCCAGGAUAACGUUCUUCUGUUUCUAAUUUCUGUUGCUGUUUUUGAAUUUCCUGGACCCUUGUCGGCUCGUCAGGUGCCGACAGCGUGGUUGGCGGCGUGUGAAACGCAGAGGACUCCAGGGCCUCCCUUGAGGAACUUGCAGUGUAAAUAGGCAUUGCUUCAGCAGCCAUCAGAGACACAAAGCAACAGGUGACCAGAAGGGGGGUUUGUCACAUGGAAUCAGAGCCGCUUCCUAUUGCAGCUGUGUUACUUUGGGUGGCAGGCUCACCCGCAUUGCAACCCCCGGGAGGGAGUCUCAGCCCUCCACGCUUGUUUUCCACCGUGUUUUACAUGUCUUUCCAUCUCCGCACAGCCAGCAGCGUGUUCAGUUUUUCCAUCGGCUGGUGCAGAAAGCGCUUUGAAGACACGCCGGGUGAGGAUCAAAAGGCUUUUUGUGUAAUCGGUGGGUGUGACCGAGGCGUCCCCCGCCUCCCCCUCCUUUUUGACUUUCCUUUUCCGGUUUUUUGCUUUGCCAAGUGCCGCCAGUGGGACUCCAGUGUGCCCCUUCCCUUCUAGGGCCGAGGGGGGGAUCCAGCGGGUUUCUGGUUCUGUGGGAAUGCGAGCUCUCCAACUCUGUAAACAGCUGGUGACUCACUUCAUAGCUAUGGCACCGACUGACUGCAAGGCCCGAGGCUGUGUGUGUGUGCAGGGAGGGGGCUACAGCCUGUUUCCUUUCUGCACUGCCUGCACGCUGCUUUCCCCGUUACUCAUUGGGAUCAUUUGGCCAAGACCAGGAGCCUUUCCUUCCUCCUUUGCGUGCUAAUGUAUUCGUGCCUGUGGCUCGAGUAGGACAGCGGCAGGGGUGCGUGCUGAAUACCAAGCGUGACGGGGGAAAUGAGGGAGAGGUGGUCCAAAGGGGGAGAAGGGGAAGGCAUCUGUGUGGGGGGGACGUUUGCCCCUUCCUUUGCUGUCUAUGCAAAAAAACCAGAACUUAACAGGGCAUGAAGGUCAGCAUUUGGCUUCCCCCUUUUCUUUCCUCUCUGCAGCAGGUGACAAGUGCCCCUGCUGGGGUUGCACCAUGCAGACUGUGAGAACCGGUUACCAUUUGUCCCAGGCAGUCUUAGCUGCUCUGACCCGAGUCUGCUGCAGAGGAGGAGAGGGACGGUUGCUGGAGAUGGUGUCCGGGGCGGGUGGUUAAUACUAGGCACGAGCCUGGGCCCGGUGCGAUGCUGUGCUAAAGGCACCGCACACCAGUUGCUUUAAGUGGCCCAUUCAUCACGAAGUGUCUGUCGCUGGUCUGGCUCGCAUGCUGCGUGAUGGGAGGCAGUCGAGACGGGUGGGGGAGAGACCAGCCGGGAGAUGGAGCACUGUGCUGGAAGCCAGAUGAAGUGCUUUAAUAAAAAGGCGCUCAAAUCCAGGGAAAUUCCUCUACUCUGCACUUGUUCUCACUCCUUGUUAUCUUGAUUUUUGUGUGUGUGUGUGAGAGACAUGAUGAUGAAAUGUCUUGACUGGUACAGUUCAAGUACAAGCUGAGCCAGCAUCCCUCCGCCACCCGGCUCCUGUCACCCUCCACCCCACCUUCGCCACCCCUCGCUGCUGCCCACCCCGGGGUGUUUGCAGACAUGAAUGAGUUUGUUUACUCUUUGACGACCUCGUGAUGUCUUUGCACAGACAUGACCUGAAGUCAUUAUUGCUUUUGGGCUUCUCUGUUUCCAUGGCGACUGUCUCAGGGUUGGCUACUUUCCCAAGGUCACCAUGGCAACUAUCAGAAGGGAAUCAUGCUUGGGAUGCUUUGGCUGGAUUUUUCAUGAAUGAUUAGAAUGUGUGACACGACGCAGACGUGGAAUUGGGGAGGGUUGGGGUAGGAGGGGGGGGGCGAACUCCCGCCAGACAGUCUGUGUGCGCUGUGCGCCCAGCGCCGCCGCAGCCUUCCAAAUCCGCUCCAGCCGCUCCUCGGGAGGGACGGACUCGGUGUCAAAGCCGAAGCCCUCGCGCCCGCCCCGGCUUCUGCAGCCAAGAUGCUGGGGAAAGUGUAGGGCGAUGCCGUGAUGUCACAGUGCAGGGCCUUCGGCCGUGGUAGGUGCAGAAUGAGCGCUUGCUCCGGCAGUGUCGUCGCUCCGGCUCGGUGGGCGUGAAGGUUCGGGAGCGAGGGCCAGCGCCGCGGCCUGAAGGGGUGUAGCAACCCGCCGAGUUGCAAUUUCUGAGCAGUUUUGUCCAGGCGACUGUGCCCAGGUUAUGACGACUAAUCCCAAACCAAAUAAGGCAUUAAAGGUAAAGGAGGAGUCGGGAGAGAAUGCCCCAGUGCUGAGUGACGAUGAACUCGUGUCAAUGUCCGUACGGGAGCUGAACCAGCACCUGAGGGGUCUCACCAAAGAGGAGGUCAUCCGCCUGAAACAGCGGAGGCGCACGCUCAAGAACAGGGGCUACGCCGCCAGCUGCCGCAUCAAGCGCGUGACGCAGAAGGAGGAGCUGGAGAGGCAGCGGGUCGAGCUGCAGCAGGAGGUGGAGAAGCUGGCCAGAGAAAACAGCAGCAUGAAGCUGGAGCUGGACGCCCUGCGUUCGAAGUACGAGGCGCUGCAGACCUUCGCUCGUACUGUGGCGCGAGGGCCCAUCACCCCGACCAAAGUGGCCACCACCAGUGUCAUCACCAUUGUGAAGUCAGCCGAAAUCUCAUCCAGUUCUGUGCCAUUUUCGGCAGCGUCCUAGUGCCCUCAGCAGGGGAACCUAGCAGCCUUUCAGAGGGGAGGGGGAAAGGGCUCUUAUGCAUCGUCCCGGAGUCCUUGGUCACUUCAAGAAUUGGCAUUGGUAACAAGUCUCUCUUCCAAAAGUGCAAAAAAAAAAAAAAAAAGAAAAAAAAGAAAAAGAAAAAAAAAAAGAAGAAAGAAAUGUCUACAAAGGGAACUUAACUGGCUGCUCCUCUGUGAACUCAGCGGCUCUGUGAACCUCUCGUGGCCGGGAUUUGAGCUCUGUAUGUAGUACAAGUUUCAAGGCUCGCUUUGUCCUCCCUGCUCUUCCCCAAACCCCUGCAGGCUGUGGGCAGCUUUCCAGCUGGGAGAAGAUAGCUGACGAGCCUCUGGAGCUUUCACGAAUGAUGCUCAAAAGCCAGGAAAUAGAUGGACUGUAGGAAUCAUCAUGUGAGGAAUGUGGAGAAGAAUUUCCUUUAGUGGCAUCCAGCUACCCUGUGAGAAGUUACUUCACCUUCCACCACCACCACUUCCAUCUGUAAUAGCAGUGGCAGAGAAAUAAGCUCUGGAGCAGAUUUUGUCCUGCCGUGCGUGGGUGUGGAUGGGUGGGCGGCAUCGUACAGAGGGCAGUAGGUCUGGGUGAGACCACACCAGUUAGGAAAAACUUUGUCUUCAUCCCACACUGAUUACGAGUUUACAUGAUUCAAUACUUCCUUCACCCCACCCCACCCCUAACCUGUGUGACUUACAAGAACUAAAUUGUAGCCUCUCUUAUACAAAGCCAAGUCUUCAAUAGCUCUUUCCCUAAGAUGUGCCUGUAAAUUGGGUAUAUUUAUGCCACGUAUUUCUUCCAGAUAAUCCACAAUCUUGUAACAGUGGCUUUUUCAGGGUUUCCUGAAGCUUAAGACAAGGAAUCGCAGGAAAUGUGGAGAGAGGUGGGGUAAGGGCAGUAAUUUUGGAGGUAUUACUGGACUGAAGCAGAAUUGAUUGCAGGAUAGGAGCUGUUCUGCUGGGAAUCAGCACUGUGAAAAGAGGUUUCUAUAGAGCAUGAUACGGAGAUGUUUUUAAAGCACUGAACCAGAGGGGCAGUCACCUACGGGCAAGAAGCUGGUGGAGACUCCUCUACUUGACAAAGGCAAUGGUGGCCGAACCGCCUCUGCCUGAAGUGAACACUUCAACCUCAUAGGCCAUGUUCACUGGUCUCUGCCAGCCAGCGAUGGGCUAUAGGAUGCUGGGUAGGGAAGAGGAGGAGGGGUCCUUCAACAGCUUGGUCUGUCACUAAGGCAGGGUGCCAAAGAGUAAAAGACCUUUAGUGGUUUGUAUUGAGAGGGUUAAGGCUACCUGUGUGAAGAUGACCCUUGAAACUUGACACUUUUUCUUUGGGCAGUGGUGUCUAUGAAUUAUCCCAAGAGAUACGCGAAGGGCAGGACUAAAAUGGGGGUAGAUAAGUAGCACUUAUGGUUCUGAGGAAUGAUUGAGAAGAGGGAAUUAUGGCUCAGCAGUGGGCAGGAAGCGGGAAGCCAAAGGGAGAAGAUUCUGCUGUUCUUUAAUGGGACUGAGAGGAUGACUGCGCUUCCAGGUCAGCAUAAAAAUAGCUACGUUGGUGUUUGGUUCGACACAGGCAAGAAGAGGGGGAGCGUUUGGCAUUCUGUGGGGGUCAAAGACUUAUGGGGUGUAGGAUGCCUGUUCCAAUGCAGGUUAGAAGAGGGUGAGAUUGCUGAAGUUGGAGAUGAGGAGAAAAAAUGGCUAGUGCUCAAGAGAAGAAGUGUGAAGUAGGUUAGGGUUCCAAAGGAAAAAAGUGAUGGAUGUAGUAUGUUAGCAGGAGGAUGCUCCUGGCAUUGACCAGGGUAGAAAAGUAGCCCGCUAGACCCAUGUAAGAUGUCAGUCAAGAAGUCCUCUCCUGUCUUGAACAAUAAGAAUGCAGAAUUUUAGUAAAGCCCUCCUUGUCUACAGAAGUAGUAGGUAGUUCAUAUCUUCUCACUGGAGUCUGGGUUUUCCGAGAGAGUCCCUUAGUAAAAUAGAUAGAGGAGGAGGAACCUUGCACUUGAUUCUUAUUGGGCACGUCUACAUGUGCAUCAAUGUGCUGUAAUUGCGGUGCAUUGUUUAGUACCUGUAAGAAUGGGUACUAACUUAAUGUGCCUGUAAUCAGUGCUACUGUGUAGUAGCGCCAGCACAUGCCUUUUAGGUGACGCUAAUGCGCAGCAGGCUAAUUACUGCUCACCAGCGCAUUAGCACGGCUUUCACUGUGAUGCGCUAACGCACAGUAGAAUGAGUUUACUGCAGUUCUAGCAUCUCAUGGAGAUGCGCCCAUUCAGUCCUAAACACCUGCGUUCGUGACUUUACUGAGCCAUAGAGGCUGAAGUGUAAUGCUUCCCAAAGGCUUGGGACCCCACCAGAUUAAGUUUCUACUGGAGGGGAGGAGGAAGUUUUCUAAAAGUGACUUUUCAGCAAAUAUAGUGUGGGUGACACAUAGCAUUACCUCAUUUCUUUUCCCUCCCUCCUUAUCUUCUAGAAGGCAGAUCGAUGUCCUGUGUAUCAGUACCCAUUAUUGACUCCCCCAGCAGAAGCUGAGGAAGAGAAAGAUGUUACUGUUGUUCCCUGGUCCCUUUUCAUGUUCUACAGCUCAAGAAUAGUUAGGUGCCUCUUAAAACAGGCAGAAUUUAGAUUCCUAGCACUGUUGGGGCUUUAAAUUAAAUAUAACAUUUAAAACGAAUGGCCAGUAGACUUGGGAAUGCCCAAAUGCUUCCAGUUUCUUGAAUGUCUCCAGAGCUCCGUGUUGUUCCUGAAUAGAUAGGAACACCCAUCUGGGCAUCCCUGACUACACCGGGGAAACGAAAUCCAUGAAACAAAGAGGGCGAUGGGUAAUUAAGUGUAGUUCUGUGGGGUCUUCUUGCUGCUGGAAUGAGAAGAGAAACAUAUCUGAAUUCUUUAGUGGCACUUCCCUCGUGGCCAAGUAUUUUCCAUUUCUUGGAAGGGUGCCAAAGGCUCGUCCGUGUGAUUGCUAGUUUCGUGCUGCUGCCGGCACGUAAUCUCUGGUCACUCUAUUAAGGACAAGAGGCCUGGGUGUUAUUAAAGCUGUUGAUACCAUAGCCAUGGUAGGUAAUCCAUAUUGGAUAUCAAAAAGGACCACGUGGAAAUAUUUAAAGAGAGAGAAAUAUAUAUAUAAAUAUAUAAUUAUAUACAUUUUAUCGUACAGAUUUUUCGUAAAAAAAAAAAGACGAAAAAAAGUUUUGUUUUUUUUUUUCCAAGUUUGAUACUGUAAAUCUUUAUUAAAGGAAAUUUCCAGUCCAGGGCUCCUUGGGUGGCGACGUGUGUGUGCGCGCGCGGGGAGGGAGGGGGGGAACAAGGCACCCUGGCUAGCUUCCUCAGACGGAUCGGAAUUGCAAGAUAACGUGGAGGGAGGAAUGACCUGAAAGCUGCUGCCCGUGUUAAGGACCCAGCUCCCCUCCCUCCUCGCUCGAGGGUGCUCCAGCUUGAGGUGGUCCCGUUUGCAUUCCUCCGGGGUUUGGGGUUCAGUUGUGUUUGGGUUUUGUUCUGUUUUGCUUUUCCCUUUUCUCCGUCCUACGCUUGCAAGUCUGACACCCAGGGCGAGAGCCGUGUGCCGGGGGAAUUUGGCCGCUGCCUGUGGAAGCACUAAGGGGGGAGCCUUGCCAAGGAAAGUGUACGCCUCUUCCAUUGCUCCUUCCACACAGCAGUAUCUCUUGCUGGUUUGUACCACGAAGGGCUCCCUUUCUGACUCCAGAGGUGCUUUUCUCUGCCCCUUUCUGCUUGUCACAUCAGCCUUAGCACUGCAGUGGCAUUUGAAUCCGCUGCUGAACCCCAAGCCUAACAUUUCCCUCCGCUACCAUCCUGUGCACAACAUGGGAGCCCCAGUCUGGGUGGGGAGAAGGCUAGGAGCAGCCUGCGGGAUGCCCCCCUGAUCCACAGUUGGGGCAUCCUGGGGUGUUUGCAUUGGGCAGUAACAGGAGGCAGCUCUUCUGUUUCACAUGCAUUGUGCUCUCCUUUGGGAACAGGCACUGCAUCCCUUUAAAGGCAGCUUCUGGACCUUUUAAGCAAGUCAGUGUCUCUGCCCUUGCCCAGUCGUAUCUUCUGCCUGAGGAAAACAGAUGCAGGGAGCAACAGGUUAGCUGCUGUGCAACAUCACAGCCUCCUGGGACAGGGUUUUGGGGGAGCGGGGGGGGAAGAAAUGGAGGUGGAUAGUGAGCGGGGAUAAGGGGUGUCUGGAAGAAUCACAUUGCUUGAAUAGCAGGGGGCAUUCAUGCUAUACAACUCAGAGCCCGGGAAGGAGGUUGGCAGCAUUCUCCCUCUCAGAUCAUUUAAACUUUGUUGUCAUGAUUGUUUUUAUUUAAAAAGGAAAAAAAAAAGACAAACUUUUGUAAUGUGGGUUUGUUUUCCCUUGUCGUCUGUACUUCAGUCUGCUGGGGUGUUUCCAUAGAUGGUGGAUCCUUUGCUUUCAUUUUGUUUUUUAAAUGAUAGAGGUCUUCUGUUUUUUGUUUUGUUUUUUAUCACCAGCUCCUUCUAUCCUCUGUGGUUACUCAGUAAUUUCAUUUCAAUAUUUAUUUUUGUGCUGCUUUUUUAUUAUAAAAUAAAUUAUUGAUAUACCAAGUAAUGUGGAUUCCUGUUUGUAAGGCGUAUAGCCCUGUGUAUGUGUCCAUUACUUUCUCUUGACAGCCACACCGUAAUUUAUUGCUGUAAAUUUAGCUGCAGUGACUGGUUUUUGUACCUUUCCAAUAAAGCAUUUUCUGGUUUCA